AUGCAAAGAGACCACAAAAAACUGCGUCUACAAGAGUCCACCCGAGAAAUGAAAUCUUGUGAUGCAAGCGAGACCAAGCGAGAAGCACAAGCAAAGGCCGAGGAGCCGCUAAGAGAUCGUAGGGAUGAUAAAACUCGAUCAAAACCGGGAUCCUCAAAGGUUUGUUUCAUUACUGAGAGAUUCCAUCCUUUCAGUCCAUCUUUAUUUUUACUGAGUUAUUUUUCAGUAUACAGUAUUUCGUGGUCACUGGUCACUUCCUUUUAGUCAGUUUUAUUACACAGCCAGUCAAUAAGAAUUUUAAUACUUCGUAAAGCGGAUCAGGAUAAGAUUCUGCUAUUCUCGAUCAGAAUUACAGCAAACGUUUUUUUGGAAAUAACAGAUUUUAGUAUUAUUUUGUCCAAAAAUAACUAUUGUUGUAACAUUUAUUUUUUGAAAGUGACUGACAUUUUGUCACAAAAUCCUUUAUUCGCUAAGUGUAUUUUGACACUUGAGUUAAAAGUCAACGGUUUCCUCAUAUUAGGAUUUCCCAUGUUUCUUUUUUAAUAGGGAAUUUUGAAAAUUUGCCUGGUAAUUUUUUCACUGUGGGAUACGUAAAUUUAUGAGAAAUCUUUUGAAAGGGACUUUAGCACCUGUUACUGUCACGCUCUAUGUAACGCAAGGUUGGACAUUGGCCAAAAGUCAUGUGCCGUCAUCACGUGCCUUUCUUGUGCCGAUUGCGUCAGGCCAAACAAUUAUAAAAUACACCGGCGCAAUGUACUAGUGUCGUUUUCAUGUGAAAGUUCCUUGUUGAAGAGUUGUGAUUACAAGUCUGUCCUUUUUCUUCGUAAAAAUCAUCAUAUGACCUCGUACCGGAGACAAAAAUUGUAACACGAUGACUAUAACGCCGGUGGAGGAUACGGAGGUAUGUAAAAUUUCGUUUUCGAUUGAAAACAAAGUGUAAACAUGUCGUUGUAUUUCAUCAGCUUGGCGCGCGCUCUCAUCAAAUUUAGCUUUCAAGAAACUGAUUUUGAUCAAGCCUUCAUUGCAAAGUACAAGUCAUUUAAUUUUUUUCUAGGGCGACAUAUGGAUCGAUAGAUAGAUUGAAAUUGUAAUUUGUAGCAAAUUUUGUAAAUGAACUUACUUCGUGUUUUUUGUGUAUGUGUAAGGUUGGCGUUUACGUAACGUCCAGUAUUAUUGAAUUUUUACCCUCAGAUUGUGAAAGUUAAGGUCACUCAACCUAAACUUCAUGGUUGCAAUACUAAAAAGUUUGUCGACUACGAGAUAACUAUCGAGGUAAGUUUCUCUGUUUCUCUGCAUUUCUGCUACGAACCCUCGCUAAAGGAUAUACGAGGCCUUCUUUGCUAUGAAGAUAAUUCACUAACAUGAGGCGCUAAUUUUGUUUUCACUCAUGUAUAAAUGAGCCAAGGCUUAUAGAGGACAAGUUCUAUCAUGCUGCUGCUCAUCUGCUGUGUAACUUCAUUGCUAACUUAACCAUUUGUAAGGGCAAAUUCACGUCUUACGUUAUUCAUCCCAGCUAACAUCAGCUUAUGUAAAAAUAAUCCAACGCAUUCUUGAAGAUGGCUUAAAUACUUGUCAUUUUUGCGGUCAAUUAAACAUGGCUUUCUUUCUUUCAGACCAGCAAUAAAGCUUUCUUCAGAAAAUUUUCUAGCGUGAGACGGAGAUAUUCCGAUUUCUGCUGGCUCAGAGCAAAAUUGUGCAGUACUGAGAUAAACGGAUUUGGAACGUAAGUAAUGGUGGAGAGAUGGAAAUAUCUGAUUUCCAUAAAAAGAGCUAAAGGGAUGAAUGGUUUAAACAUUCACCUCUGGGUGCAGUGAGUAUAUAUAUGGCCACAAUAGGAGGAUCCUUAUGGCACAAGUAUAAGAUGUAUGCUUUUUUACUAAUUAGGGCAGCCACAACAAGCUUACAAUUUGUAUUAUAAAAAAGGAGAAUUUCAAAACCUUCUGUUCUUCUUGAAAAGUGGAACCUCGAUAUAACGAAAGGCUGAGGGACUGAGAAAAUCUCUUCCAUACAUUGAGGUUUCAUUAUAUCAAGGUUCUUUUCCAUAUAUUUUACUAUUACUGGGGCAAAAAGCACUGUUAUACAGAGGACUUUGUUCUAUAGAGGUUCCACUGUAUGUAUGCUCGCAUACAUACAAAUUAAUACUCUUGGUGUGAAUUUUGUCCUCAGUGUAAGCUCAAGCCUCCUAAGUAAGGUAACAAAAAUGGCUCUUCCCAUAAAACUUCUCUUUUUCCAACAAUCUGGGAUUAUACUUUGAUGCCAGCAUUCACAGUGUCAAAAUUUUUAGACUGAUAGUAGUCCCCCAGGAUUGCUGUGCUGCAAGCAUGUUACAUGCGAGCCAGGCAAACUUUCGAGGAAGGCGUUGAAAAGGCAAGGAGAGAACCGCAAUUUUUUGUAACUAACACAUUCAAAUUCUUUGUCCUCCAAAUGUGUGAAAUUAACUGAUUAUCAGUUAAUUAAACACUAAUCUUGUCAGCAUAAUAGGAAAGUCACACAAUACCAGAGACAGACAAAACCAAAUUGUGCCACCAUCACAUUGUUUCCAUGCUCUAAAUAACAGAUAGAUUCAUUGUUGAUGCGUAUCUGUUGGGAAAUAGAUUGCAGAUGACGUCAAAAUGUGCGAAGAAAAAUAAUGGUUCUUAGCACAUUUUGAUUUUUUCGCACCUUUUUUAUUUCCUCUGUGAUCCAUAAUAAUAUUUUAAAUGCUACUGUCAUGCCCGUUAAAUUUUAAUUUCCUCAGUUCUAUUUCCUGCAAUCUGGGACAAAUGAUAAAAUUUACAGAAAAGCUGAUUAAAAAAUAUGUAUACCAAAGAAAAAUUUCAAUUACAAGGUGCAUCCUAAUAAGACACAAACUGUCCAUUUAAAUGACACAUCUAAAUGAUUUAGGUCUUAAAUAACUAAGAUGCAAUUUAGUUGAGAAAUAUCUUGUUUUACUCAUAAAUAUGGUAUGUACAGUUUGCGUUUAAUUAUAAGGCAAGUCCUUUUUUUUUUCCUUUUCAAUGGCGAUAUUGUUUGUGUCACGGGGGUCUUCCUUGAAAAUGUCCUGACAUUUUUUCAUGGAAAGUAUUUAUGAUGAUACUGAUCAAUCUAAUAUGUUUGUUUUGUCUUCUCAGGAACAGAACCGUGCCAGAUCUUCCCCCCAAGAAUUAUUUUGGAAGAUUUAGUAAAGAAGUGGUUGACGCAAGACAACAAGGAUUACAAGAUUUUUUAAUAGAGUGAGUCAUAAAAGAGAUAAAAAUUCAUUUUACAGAGAGCAUUUUGUGUGAACCAAAGGCUACUGUUCAUUCUCAGGAAACAGUGUUUGCGCUAUAGUAGUGUGGUAUGUAUUCAUAAGCUUGACUUGCUAAAUCGUACAACAUCCUUUUUCCAGUGUCCAGUCCUCGUUCAUCUUGCCCCAAUUCUUCGAAGGAGCGCCUUUCACCCGAUAAAUUGUUCCCCAAUGGAUAAGUAUUCCCUUCUGAAAACUAAUUUUACGUUAUCCAGUGGAUUAAACCCAUUUUAUAUGGGAACUCAGAACAGCUAAAGAAAUCAUUGCACCCACUCUGUCUAAUAAUCUGUCCAUGUAGAAUAAUGUACUAAAGUAUUUUUGAACUUCUGCUGGUACACUUGAUGGCCAGUUGUCAAAUCUUUGCCGUCGCUUGCUCUCUUCUUUUGUUUAGUGAACUAAACGUUCUAGAUAUUCAAAGUAUAGGUUGUUGUGGAUAAAGCCAGCAGAGCUUUUUACAAUGUGUAUGACACAAUUCAAACACUAUUGAAUAGAAAAUCCUUUUUUCUGAGAGUUAAAUAAUGUCAUGUUGUUGAUAUUUUUUGCUAGGAUUGUGAAAGUUGAUGACUUCCUUUCAUUUGCUGGACUUCACUUGUUCUUACAAACUCAGCUUCCAGUCCAGGAAAUAGAUGGAUUUCUUGACGGAAAAUACGGGGAGCAUGCUUCAGUUGAGGAGCUUAUAGACACUCACGAACUUACAAAUGCAAGUGAAGACAAUGUGGAAUAUGUAUGUUCAAGUGAAAAAUGUGCCUUGAUGUCAGCUAACUGGGACAUACCCUCACCUGCUAUAAGUAUUACAACUUGUGAAUCUGAUGAUGUAAGUUCUGCAAAAUCCCUGUCUGGCAGCUACAAUAGUUCAGACAGUUUACUCGGACCAAUGUCAAGUUCAGUGGAAAGCAGCUCUUUCAUGUAUACUGUGUACAGGUAGCUUAAGAUGUCAAUCAUGAACACUCCCUGUGGUGCUGUACAAUGCACCAAUCAACUCAGAGGGUAAAGCCCUAGUCUGCAUCUUGCAGUAAUCUCUUUGGUGAUGAGCAAGUUGUUAUUCUGCAUUACAUCCCAGAAGCUGAAAGGUUGACUAUGGAUUGUACUAUCCAAGUCACUCAAGAGGUUCAAUAUUGUUUCUCCUUCUUCCCCUCCUCCACCUCCCCACUAGAAGUUUCUGAACUCUUAAAGACCCAAGAGUGUCCAACAUUAAUUUUCUGCUAAUGUUAUCAAUACAUAAGUUAUGAGAGUUAAUAAUGGUUAUGCUUUUAUCUGUAAACAAAUUCUCCCAACUGAUUCUCUAAGGGAAUGUAUAGAGGAUCAGUCUGCAGAGUUUGUUUGUGGAUACUGGGGCCUAAAAGGGUUCAGAAGGCAGCUCCCAGAAAUUUCAAGAUAGUUAAUAAAUUAAUUGUAGCCCAGCCCUCUUUUUUUGUUCUUUUUUGCAUUGUAUUACAUGUAGGAAUACUUGCUAUGCAGGGUAAUGUAUUUUUGAACUCCAGGCACUAGUUAUUAGCAGGUCAAUUUAAUUGAAUUUUACAAGUAUAAUUUAUGAGUGUAAAGUCCUAUUGUUUUGAGACUGUAAAACAAUAGCUGCAUUUGUAAUUAUUAUACCUGUAAAAGUUUUAUGAAAUUGACCCUUGUUUUAGAGCCGAUUGUUGUAAACAACACAUAAGCAUGGGAAUGCAUAAGGGCAAGCAUGUGUACACAUGUGAUAAGCGACCAAGGUUGGUAAGGACCAACAUUGCAAGUUCAGGUCAAGCAUAAAAUCUUGGCACUCACUGACAUUGGGGCCAAAGAUAACAAAACGUGAAAUCCAUCCAGUGCUUUCCUUAUCUUGGUAUUAAUUGAUACAUGCAGUGGAAUAAUUUGUUGGCAAGCUUAAUUGCAAACCAUGUAGCAUUGUGCUGGUUUGCUAAGAUCAUAAUGCAAGCAUUAAUCCAAGGGAUGUAUGCUUCUGCCAAUCUAUCUAAUUACACAUAAGGUUUCUCAGACAUGCUGUCACUUGAUGUGCUUGCAAUAAUUAGUCACAUGUUAAAAAAUGACCUUAACUUAUUAUCAGUGUAGUUACUAAGACCCUCCCACACAAUUGCAUAGAUUUAUGCAAAAAUGCUAGGGACAGCGAUAAGAGAGAAAAAAACAGCGGAUAGGGAGAAGCUACAAAUUUUCUGUGCCCCAUUAGCCUUGACUGCAAAAUUAUGUGCAUUAAAGGAAGGAUAUUAAAAUAUUGUUGGAAAUCUCCUUACAUGUAUGUAGAUCUUCAACUGAGUAUUAUUUUGUAUGUCCGAUCAGUGGCAUCAAUUUUGUUAUUUAUGGAUUGGAUUUUUUAUCCAAGUUUGUGUGCCUCAUGUAAUCCUCACACCAGUGUUAUUUUUUCUUAGGGUGGAUUUUCACUGUCUCAAAAUUUUUGUACGUUCUUUGAGCGAGGUUCAACUUUUACAUUUACACAUGACUUUCCAUACACUGCCUCUGUUUACGCACCUUAAAGUUACGCGACAGUGGAAAUCCACAUUAAGUCUCUUUGUAUGCUAGAGGGCAACUUGAUCAGCAAGAAAGAGUUGGAGUUCUAGGAGAAUAAUGUUUGGAAAAAUUUCUUAACUCUGUCUCAUUCUUGUUAGUCAAAUCUAUAGGGGCUGAUUUUGAUAUUUAGCCUCUUGGGUACAAUAAUAGUUCAAAAGAAAAAUAUUGGAGGAUUCACCAUUUUUCACUUUGACUUUUUGAUCUGACAGAUUUCUGGGAAAAAGCUGCAGAGCUGCUAAAAAUUUUUGUGUCCAUGUUGACUGUAUAAACAAAGGAUUUAAAGCUCUUUAUCCACAUUUACAUGUACAUACUGGAGUUGUAAUAGCCAAAAUUUUAUUUACUUCAAAAGUCUCAUGUUUUUUUCAUUUUUCAUUGGGAUAUUAAUUUUGGAGACAUGUUUGUCACUGUAAAUUAGACAAAAAUAUUAAUAUAUUUUUAACAAUAAUUGUGUAUGAAAGCCAUACAUGUAUAUGUCAUAUUGUUGAUGUAUUUUACCAAGCUUGUACAAGGAGUUAAUUUAAAAGAUUAUUUAUUGUUGGAAGUUUGCUAAAGAUGAGAAAAAGACUUGUCAAACUUACAAAAAUAAAUGCUGGGAUUAGUGUCUGUAUAAUUGCAGUUCAUCUGUGCUUCAGUUAUUCCAGGGAGGUCUAUCAAAAGUCAUGUAUUGUGGCAAAGCGAGAAAAAAAAGUGCAAUAGGUUAGUGCCCUGUGAC